AUGUCCCAGUUCAAGGUCUUUGUUUGCGGCGUCACAGGAAACCAAGGUGGCGCUGCCGCCGACGCCCUCCUCUCUAGAGGUGCCACUGUCCACACACUCUCCCGUGACUUGUCUACUGCCAAGUCUCAAGCUGCCGCCACCAAAGGCAUCAAGCUAUUUCAAGGUGGCUACGACAAUCCGGAGAGCCUUGCCGCCGCUCUUGACCACUGCGACGCUGCCUUCGUCAUCGUCAGCCCUAGCUUCACCGACCAUAAAGCAGAACUCAAGCAAGGCAGUGCUAUUAUUGCUGCUGCUAAGGCUGCUGGUAUUAGGCACAUCGUUUAUACUAGUGGACUUGGUUGUAAUGAACCCGAAAAGUUGUAUCAUUGGGAUUCAAACAGCUACAUGGGAAAUAUGGUUGCCAACAAGCAGGCUAAUGAACAUCAAGUUCGUUCAUCUGGAUUUCCCUAUUGGACAAUUCUACGUACUGGUCAUUUGGACUCCAACUAUCUGAGUCCCCAGUCUCCCCAGUUUGGAGAUCUUUAUGAGACGGGUGAAUGGUCGAAUAUGCUUACCAAGGAUACCAAGAUGCCUGUGAUAGACCCUGCUACCAUCGGAGCCUUUGCAGCUGCUGCAUUUUACAACCCAGACCGCUUCCACCAACAGGAGCUUCCUAUGGCAGAAGAGUUGAUUACUCUAGAUGAGAUUAUGGCUAAAUUGAGUCACCUUACUGGUCGCCAAUUACGCGUUAAUUACUAUACCGACGAGGAGGUGGAAACUCUGCUUAAAGUGAAUACGUUUUUCUCUGCGCAGGUCACCAUGCGCAACGUAUCCAUCUUUGCAAAUAUAGAGCAACUCAAGAGCUUCAAUGUACCUCUUAGCUCGUUUGAUGCAUAUUUAGAAAAAAAUCAAGAUACUGUGAAGGAGGCCUUCAAGCUAUAG